UUAAUAAAUGUCUGUAUGAAAUUGCAGGGCUUGUGGAUUGAUGUUACUGCAGUCAAGAUAACAGCUCAAGCACAUUUCACACCCCUUGAGUCACAGGAUGAAUCAGAGGAAAUCUGCAGGAGUGAAUUACAUGAAGACCUGCAGAAAGCCUUUACCUGUCGGCGAAACUUGAAUUCUGAGAGAGAGUGGCAGAAAUGUACUGAUGCCUUCUGUCAGCUAAUCCAAUACUUGCUUGACCACUCGCAAAACUGCAGAAUGCGUGUGUUGGGUGGAUGUGAAGACUGUAUCAGUUAUAAGGAUAUGCUGUUUAACCAUGUUUCAACAUGCAUUCUUCCUCUAGGACGAUGUGUAGUUGCAAGGUGUGAUUACAUCAGGGAGUACAUGUGUACAAACUGCCUUCCAGAGAACAGGAAAUGGACAUGGGCCCUUGAUCAGUUGUUCUUCAGACCCACACCCCCCUCAACACCCACAAAUGAAGACAGUGAAGAGUUCCUGGGUGGUUAUAAGGAAGUUUUGACAAGACCGGAAGCUGCAAACCCCCAAGAAGACACAGUUCAUGAUCCAGUUAAAGACAUCCUAAUUGCUGAUAGAAGCUUGACAUCUAACUGUGAACCCUUGCGAAGUGCAAAUGGAUGGAAUCAGUACCAUGUGGACCGCCCACCAGAUGUCCAAGUUACCAGAGGUCCUGUUAUCCAGGAAUCCAUCCAGGCUGAAUGUGAAGACUGUUCACCAAGUGCCCCAUUGAGUGUGGCUGAUGUGUCUGUGACAAAUACUUGUACAAGCCAGACUGUGGGAAGUGAUUUGGUGCAGGAACUAGGAGAGGUCAUUUGGCCCUUGAACCAGGAGAAGUUGGGUGUUGGUGAGAAUGGGUCUUACAUUGAGAAAACCCAUUGGCAAGUCAUUCAUUCAAUUGGAGGGGGCUCUUGUGGCCGUUGUUAUCUUUGCCGUGAUUUGUCAAUCCAAUCUCUUUUUGCCAUCAAAAAGAUUCCCAUCGGCAAGUUUGAAAGUAAUGAAAUUGAAAUUUGGGGAGGGCUGUCUGGACGACAUCCAAACAUUUUGGAAUUGUAUGGUGCCAUGAAAUACAGACAGAGUGGCACAGUGAUUAUAUUCAUGGAAUAUAUGAGUGGUGGCUCUGUUGAAGAGUAUGCUGGACAAAUGGAGCACAAUGAGAUCUGGGCAAUCCAUGUCCUUGGAAAAGUUCUGUCUGCAGUAGACUUUAUGCACUUGCAAGGAAUACUGCAUCGUGAUGUAAAGGGUGGUAAUGUUCUUGUGGAUGAGACCGGUCAACAUGUGAAACUUGCUGACUUUGGAACAAGCAUCAGAUGUGAGAGCUUUCUUCAGGAUAACAUCCCAAGAGGCACAGAACCUUUCAUGUCCCCAGAGAUGUGUCGGAGUGAAUGCCACUCUUUUAGUACAGAUAUUUGGAGUAUCAUGUGCCUGCUUUACCAACUGCUGGCAGGACGUCCACCUUGGGUAGAUUCAUGUCAUGGUUCACUGAUCUAUAGGAUUGGUACGGCUAAGGAACCACCAUCUUCUCCUCCAUGCAGCCCAGAGGUUGAGGACCUCUUCAGCCAGGGCUUCAUUCUAAAGCCAGCUGAUCGUAAGACUGCAAGGGAGCUGCUGAGACAUCCAGCAAUAAUGGCAGUUUCAGCUCCAGAUACAUCAGGUUUUCUCCUUCCAACCUGGGGGGACACAGAGCAAUAUUCUGAUGGUGCUUCCAGCAUUAGCUCUUUCUCAAGUAAUGUAUUGAAGUCCAUUGUGUCAGAAAUGUCUGCGGACCAGCUACUGUGUGAUGAUUAUGCAUCAGAUCUGGAGGGUGAUGAUGCAAACUUCAGUGACUGUUAUGAUGAUGGCACUGAUGAUGAUGAUGGCACUGAUGAUGAUGAUGAUGAUAAUGAUGAUGAUGAUUUGGCAGAGGCAGAUGAUUUUCAAGUGGAUGGGUUAAUCUUCCCCCCUAAUGGAGCUUGGCUGGGUGCUGAUCUCUCUGUCGAGCAACAGUUUCGAUCACUUCAAAGUGAUUUGGUUCUCAGUCUUUCGGCUGAUGAGUUAGAAAGACAUGUGCUGUCCAAUUUGGUUACUGAUGUAAGUGAAAAUGAUGUGAACCAACUGAGAGAUGACAAUUUUGAUGUCAGCCAAGUUUUAGGGUUAAAUCACCUCGAAAUACAAAGUAUCGAUGAUCUGCCCCCAUCAAGUACGCCCAAUGAUUGGUCGUAUUCCAUCACAGAUCUCGCAAAGAUUCGCAUCACAGACAACAGUGGAAAAUGGCUGUUUUCAAUCCGUGAGAGACCCACCACAGCUUAUGGACGUCUUGCUGAAGACCUUCACGGCAUUGUAAGGGUUUGAAUCUGCUAUCU